AUGAUGAAAGUGCUGGUUCCUAUCCUGGCUUUCCUGGCUAUCACAGAUGGACUCAUUCGGGUUCCUCUCAUGAAGUUUAAGUCCCUCUAUGAGCAGCUCCUUGAGGAGGGACAGCUGAAGAACUUCCUUACGAAUCAGCAGCUGAACUCUGAUGGCUCCUACAAUGAACCACUCCUGAACUACAAGGAUAUGGCCUACUUUGGACAAAUCAGCGUCGGAACCCCACCUCAAAGCUUCUAUGUCCAUUUUGACACCGGCUCCACUCACUUAUGGAUUAACUCUGUCUACUGCAAGAGCGAGGCCUGCACCAUGCAUCAUCUGUUCAACCCUGAGGCAUCCUCCACCUAUUACAGCAAUGGGCAACCCUUUUCGGUGCAUUACGGCACUGGGAGCCUCACUGGGGUAAUUGGGUAUGACACUGUCUCUCUCCAAGGCCUUAAGGUCACAAACCAGGAGAUCGGGCUGAGCACCAACGAACCUGGGAACAACUUUGCAAGACCACUGCAUGAUGGGAUCAUGGGAAUGGGUUUCAAGCAGCCAGGGGGAAUGACCCCUAUUGUGGACACAAUGAUACAGGAAAACCUGUUGGAAGAACCCAUCUUUGCUUUCUACCUGACCAAUUCUCCAGGACAUGGAAGUGAGGUAGUGUUUGGAGGAGUAGAUCCUACACACUACACUGGUGAAAUCCACUGGGUUCCAGUCGCACCUGGAAGCCACUGGCAGCUUGUUAUGGAAAGUUUUGAGAUCGACCAUCAGGAGACUGGCUGGUGCAGUGACGGAUGCUCAGCUAUCGUGGACACUGGUACCUCUCUCCUUACCUGCCCCCCACAAUUUGUCAACGAGCUAUACCAGAAAAUUGGAGCUCAGGCCAACGAAUAUGGAGAUUACGUUGUAGACUGUAACAACCUGAACAACCUGCCCACUCUGACCUUUAUUAUGAAUGGAGCACAUUUGCAUUUGGAGCCCUCUUUCUAUACCUUGGAGAACGCAAAAUCAAAUGGCCAAAAGUACUGCAGGUUGGGCAUUGAAGGUUCCCAUGAGGAAUAUCGAGAUGGACAACCCUUCUGGACUUUGGGAGAUAUCUUCAUUAGGCAGUUUUACACUGUCUUCGACCAAGGGAACACCCAAGUCGGAUUUGCUAAGGUGGCCUCAUAACACUGCUCCAGCUGCCUGGCAAAAUGCAUGUUGUAGUUCCUAAGUAGAGAGCCUCUUUCAUACUAGCUUUAAUAAAGUAACAAACUACUAUUUUGAUUGAUCAUCGUAGAAUAGAGGAGAUUAAAAUAUAUAAAUGAAUACAAAAGUAGACUGCAGUGAGGGUUGUCUCUGUAUCAAACCAAAGUCGUCAAUUCAAGUCAAGUCAACUGUCCACAUCCUUGUAUCUUAAUAAUGAAAGCCUGGGCUCCCGAGUGGCGCAUCCAGUAAAGGCACUCCGCGUGGAGUGCAGGAUGCGCUCUAUAGUUUGGGCUUCGCGAGUUCGAGUCCAGGCUAUUCCACAGCCGACCGUGGACGGGAGCUCCCAGGUGGCAGCGCACAAUUGGCCAAGCAUUGCCCGGGAGAAGGGAGGGUUAUGUCGGCCAGGGUGUCCUCAGCUCACCACGCACCAGCGACCCCUGUAGUCUGGCUGGGCGCCUGCGGGCUUGCCUGUAAACUGCCCGGUAACUGUAUUGUCCUCCGAUGCUGUAGCUCUUGGGUGGCUGCAUGGUGAGUCCGCAGUGUGAAAAAAAAGUAGUCGGCUGACAGCACACACUUCGGAGGUGUGUGUUCGUCUUCGCCCUCCCGAGUCAGCGUAGUGGUGAGCUGAGCUUAAAAAAUAAUUGCCCAUUAUAAAUUGGGAGAAAAUAAUAAAAAAUAAUUGGCAACGACUAAAUUUAUAAAAAAAAAUAAAAAAAAAAAAUAAUGAAAGCCUGUUGUCUCUUGAGACAAAUGUAGCCAUAUUCAGCAAUUUAUUAUUAUUGAAUUAAA